AUGGCGAUGUGCAUGCAGUUGCCUUGCAUCGAAUGUGGCAGGCUGUUCACACAUCACUACGGUCUUCUUUACCACGUUGAACGGUGUAACGUAUCAGAAGAUGAAAUGCCUUGGAAGUGUUACCGGUGUUCCAUACAUACAACACGAGCAAAGUCGCAUGAACAUCUCAGAGAAUGCUGGGGAGUCGAACGUGCAGAGGAGGCGAAAGCGUUAUCAUCAAGUCUUGUGAUGGGUGCUCUUGGAGAUGUUAAUCUCAGAAGUGGGAAGUCAAUAUUAAAAGAUUCAGAUGAAACGAUUGAAAUUGAUGGUGUUCCGAAGUUGAUUAGUGAACUCAAUGCUGAAGAAGCCUUGAAAUCAAUUCUCGGAUCGAAGCAAACGGCCUUGACCCCUAAAAGACGUCGCACUUUGGCUGGAGUCAGAGCAAGUGUCUCAGGUGGUGUCAUACCCGAACACUCAACUCGGAUAACAAUCAGUGGCGAUGGAAAAAUGCGAUUCAAGUUCCGAAAGGCUGACAUUAAAGGAGGCGUUGCUGGAAUGGCAGGGUAUCCCAGGUACCUCGAGUACGUGAGGAAAUCCAAUGAAAAGUGGAAUGAGGAAGUUUCCGCUCUUCCUUAUUGUGCACACUUGAGUGACAUUAAACCCUCGGUUUGGAAAGCGACAUCAAACUCGACACAUCUACCGUAU